UGCUGUUUAAGGAGGAGCUGAAAAACGUGGAGUCCAAGGAAGGGGGAACGGCCGUCCUGCACUGCGAGAUCUCCAAGCCGGAUGCUCCUGUUGAGUGGAGGAAGGGUGGCAAGGUCCUGGAGCCCAGCGACAAGUACGAGAUGAAGCUGAAGGGCAGCGUCGCUGAGCUCAUCAUCCACGGUGUGGAGCCUGGUGACGCUGGGGCUUACACGUGUAGCACUGAAUCCGCAAUCACCACGGGUUCUGUGCAUGUGCAAGAACCAGAAGUAACCAUUGUGGAGAAAAUGAAGGACCUGACUGCACAGGAAGGAGAAGAUGCAGUGUUUGAAUGCAAGCUGUCCCGGGAGACAAGUGAAGAGAGCCAGUGGUUCCUGGGGGACCUUCGCCUGCAGAGCAACGAACUGACUGAGAUCAGAGCUCAAGGGAACGUUCACACCUUGGUCCUGAGGAAGGUGACCCCAGAAGACAGUGGAGCCAUCCGCUUCCAAGUGGGGCAGCAAAGGGCAUCGGCACAUCUGAGAGUGGAAGCUAAACCAGUGCUGUUUAAGGAGGAGCUGAAAAACGUGGAGUCCAAGGAAGGGGGAACGGCCGUCCUGCACUGCGAGAUCUCCAAGCCGGAUGCUCCUGUUGAGUGGAGGAAGGGUGGCAAGGUCCUGGAGCCCAGCGACAAGUACGAGAUGAAGCUGAAGGGCAGCGUCGCUGAGCUCAUCAUCCACGGUGUGGAGCCUGGUGACGCUGGGGCUUACACGUGUAGCACUGAAUCCGCAAUCACCACGGGUUCUGUGCAUGUGCAAGAACCAGAAGUAACCAUUGUGGAGAAAAUGAAGGACCUGACUGCACAGGAAGGAGAAGAUGCAGUGUUUGAAUGCAAGCUGUCCCGGGAGACAAGUGAAGAGAGCCAGUGGUUCCUGGGGGACCUUCGCCUGCAGAGCAACGAACUGACUGAGAUCAGAGCUCAAGGGAAUGUUCACACCUUGGUCCUGAGGAAGGUGACCCCAGAAGACAGUGGAGCCAUCCGCUUCCAAGUGGGGCAGCAAAGGGCAUCGGCACAUCUGAGAGUGGAAGUUAAACCAGUGCUGUUUAAGGAGGAGCUGAAAAACGUGGAGUCCAAGGAAGGGGGAACGGCCGUCCUGCACUGCGAGAUCUCCAAGCCGGAUGCUCCUGUUGAGUGGAGGAAGGGUGGCAAGGUCCUGGAGCCCAGCGACAAGUACGAGAUGAAGCUGAAGGGCAGCGUCGCUGAGCUCAUCAUCCACGGUGUGGAGCCUGAACCAGAAGUAACCAUUGUGGAGAAAAUGAAGGACCUGACUGCACAGGAAGGAGAAGAUGCAGUGUUUGAAUGCAAGCUGUCCCGGGAGACAAGUGAAGAGAGCCAGUGGUUCCUGGGGGACCUUCGCCUGCAGAGCAAUGAACUGACUGAGAUCAGAGCUCAAGGGAACGUUCACACCUUGGUCCUGAGGAAGGUGACCCCAGAAGACAGUGGAGCCAUCCGCUUCCAAGUGGGGCAGCAAAGGGCAUCGGCACAUCUGAGAGUGGAAGUUAAACCAGUGCUGUUUAAGGAGGAGCUCAAAAACGUGGAGUCCAAGGAAGGGGGAACGGCCAUCCUGCACUGCGAGAUCUCCAAGCCGGAUGCUCCUGUUGAGUGGAGGAAGGGUGGCAAGGUCCUGGAGCCCAGCGACAAGUACGAGAUGAAGCUGAAGGGCAGCGUCGCUGAGCUCAUCAUCCACGGUGUGGAGCCUGGUGACGCUGGGGCUUACACGUGUAGCACUGAAUCCGCAAUCACCACGGGUUCUGUGCAUGUGCAAGAACCAGAAGUAACCAUUGUGGAGAAAAUGAAGGACCUGACUGCCCAGGAAGGAGAAGAUGCAGUGUUUGAAUGCAAGCUGUCCCGGGAGACAAGUGAAGAGAGCCAGUGGUUCCUGGGGGACCUUCGCCUGCAGAGCAACGAACUGACUGAGAUCAGAGCUCAAGGGAACGUUCACACCUUGGUCCUGAGGAAGGUGACCCCAGAAGACAGUGGAGCCAUCCGCUUCCAAGUGGGGCAGCAAAGGGCAUCGGCACAUCUGAGAGUGGAAGCUCUGCCUGUGUUUUUGAAAAACUGGCUGAUAGAUGAAGAAGUGGAGGAAGGCGGCACAGCUGUUCUGCCCUGUAAGCUGACCAAACCUAAUGUUUCUGUCGAGUGGAGGAAAGGAGAUAAGGUGUUGCAGUCAAGUGACAAGUACGAGAUAAGGCAAGAGGGGACAGACGUUGAGCUUCUUAUCUAUGAUGCCGAGGCUCAGGAUUCUGGCACUUACACGUGUGUCUCAGGGGAUCAGCAGGCCUCUGCAUCACUGCAAGUCAAAGUGUUGCCAGUGCUGUUUAAGGAGGAGCUCAAAAACGUGGAGACUGAGGAAGGGGGAACGGCCGUCCUGCACUGCGAGAUCUCCAAGCCAAAUGCUCCUGUUGAGUGGAGAAAGGGCAACAUGGUCCUUCAACCCAGCGACAAGUACGAGAUGAAGCUGAAGGGCAGGAUUGCUGAGCUCAUCAUCCACGGUGUGGAGCCUGAUGACUGUGGGGAUUACACGUGUAGCACUGAAUAUGCAAUAACCACAGGCUCUGUGUAUGUGCAAGAAGAAGAAGCAGUCAUAGUUACUGAUUUAAAGAACACAGAUGUCUUUGUGGGUGAGUCAGCCACAUUCACCUGUGAAGUCUCACAGCCAGGCGUGAAGAACGUACAGUGGUGGCUUGAUGGAUCUCCCCUUCACAACAACUUUGUGACAGAAAUCUCUGAGCAGGACGGGACAGUCCACACUCUGACCCUAAAAGACGUGGCGUGCCAUGACUCGGGCACUGUCACCUUCCGAGCUGGGUCCCUUAUAUCUUCAGCUAAAUUAUUAGUCAAAGAUCCAACCAUUGAAGUGGUCAGUCCCAUGCAGGAUAUAACUGUUGAUGAAGAUGGCACAGCAGAGUUCAUAUGCCAAUAUUCUAGGCCAGUGCACGCCAUAUGGAAGAAAAAUGAUCAGGAAAUACAUGCAGAUGGGCAGCGAGUCAUUAUCGUGCAGGACUGGAAUGUAAGCAUGCUAACAAUUAAACCUGCGGUCCCAGAAGACACUGGCAUCUAUUCUUGUGAAGCUGAAGGCACUAAAGUGGUGGCUGCACUUGAUGUUCAAGCCAAGAACAGCAUCAUCCAGGGCCUGGAGAACGUGGAAGCAGUUGAAGGAGGUGAAGCUCUCUUUGAAUGCUACCUCUCCAAACCCGAGACCUACAAUUACAACUGGCUGAUUGAUGACGAACCCGUCAAAACUACAGAAAACACGGAGGUGGUUUACUUUGAAAACGGACGCAGACAUCUCCUCCUGAUGAAGAACCUCACUCCCCAGGACAGUGGCCAGGUGACUUUUAUGUGCAGUGACGCAGUGACCUCCGCCUUCCUGACUGUGAAAGGGUGGCGCUUGGAGAUCUUGCAGCCUCCGACAGAUGUGGAAGUUUCUCCAGAGGAUAAAGCUACGUUUAGCUGCGUUCUGAGUGAAGCGGUGCCAAUUAAUGAAGUCACUUGGUAUAUCAAUGACACAGAGAUUCAAGCCGAUGAAGACUGGGAGGUACAAGCAGAUGGAAAUGAAUACAAACUUAUUCUGAAAAAAGCCCAACCAUAUCAUUCUGGAGAGGUGACCUUUGCUUCCAGGGAAGCGAUUGCAUCAGCCAAGUUGACUGUGCUUGCCCACCCUGAUCCCCCUGAAGAACCAGAAGUUUUAAGUAAGGACAGUCACUCUGUAACUCUGUCUUGGUACAAGCCGCUGAGCGACGGUGGUUGCGACAUCCUGGGCUACAACGUGGAAAGGAAAAUCCCAGGUGUUGGCUGGCGGUCAUGCAGCGAGGGAAUGAUUCCAAGCACAGAGUUUGUGGUGGACCACCUCACCCCAGGCGAGCCCUACAGAUUCCGCGUCUCUGCUGUAAAUAAAGUUGGGGCCAGUGAGCCGGUGCACUUCCCUCAAAUGGUGCAGCUAGAGCCUCCAAUUACAGUCACUCAUACUUUGGUGGGAGGAUCAGUCUUGGAAGGUGAGGAGACACGCUUGGAGUGCGAAUUGUCAAGUGAAAUCCAAGAGACAGUGACAUGGUUCAAAGAAGAAGAACAAAUACAAGCUGGAGGAAGAUACGAAAUCUUAUCUGAUGGAAGAAAGCAGAUACUCAUUAUUCAUGCCUUUAAACCAGAAGAUCAGGGCACGUAUACCUGCAUGGUUUCUCCAGAAGUCAAAUCUGUUGCCAGUCUGAGUCUUGAAGUUCCGACUGUAGCAAUGAUUGCCAGAGAGGCAGCCCCUGCAAGCCAAGCAGAAGAGCUGGUGGAUGGACAUGUUCAGCCUAGCUUGCCUCCUGAGGCUGCUCAGGAGGGAGACCUUCACCUGUUGUGGGAAGCUCUGGCCAAGAAACGCCGGAUGAGCCGGGAACCCACCUUGGAUUCCAUCAGCGAGGUGCCUGAAGAGGAUGAGAAACUUCAGAAACUGAAGAAGGAAGAAGCAGAGAUGUCUCAUUAUUACUCAGAGGAAUGCUCCACAUGUGACGAGCUGGCUAGGACAGGAGAAGCAGAUUUCUCUCUCACAAGUUCAGAUGAUGAGUCUAGAGCUGGGACCCCUUCACUCGUCGUCUACCUCAAAAAAGGUGGUAAGAAAAUUGCCAGCAUUACUAGCAAGGUUCAAUCCAUCUCUGCAGACAAAUUAUGGAAGCAGUGGGAAAAAUCUGAUGUGGAGACUGUUGAGGCAGUUCAAGAUGCUAAGCCAGCUGAACCAGAAGUAACAGAUGUAGAGGAUCCUUCCAUGAACAAGGCAGCUGUAAAGAUCCAGGCUGCUUUCAAAGGAUACAAAGUCAGGAAGGAGAUAAAGCAGCAAGAACGCCCCGUGUUUAUCAAGACCUUUAAAAAUUUCUCUGCUGAAAAAAAAAACAGCAAAACUGAUAUGAAGGUCCGCUGGCUGAAAGAUGGGGAAGAGCUGUCGGAUGGUCGCUACUAUCACAUAGACAGUUACAGUGAUGGGACCUGCUCUUUGAUCAUCACUGGCCUGGAUAUGAAAGAUACGGGUAAAUACACCUGUGAGGCAUCUAAUAAAUUUGGACAAGUUUCGCACAGUGCUAAUGUGGUGAUCGGCAGUCAGAAACCUCAGCCAGUUCGCGAAGAGAAGCAAGUUAAACACACUGCUGACAGCGAGACCGAGAGCUCGUCUGGCAGCGAGCUGGAUGAUGCCUUCCAUAAGGCGGGAAGGAGACUCCACAGACUCUUCAAGGCCAAGAUCUCAACAGAUAUCUCUGAUGUGGAGGAAGAGCUCUUUGUCAGUGCAGAUGAAGGGGACAUAGAGGUGGUAGACCAUCAGACAUAUCGUGAGGAUGACCAGUACAUCUACAUCAAGUUUGACGUCUUGUCUGAAGCAAAAACUGCAGCCACUCGGUUCCGAGAGAUGUUUGGUGCCCUGGGAAUCCCUGUGGAAAUUGACAUUUUGGAACAAGGCCCUAAAAAAAUCGAAUUGCGCAUUGGGAAAGCAAAACCACUCACCACCAGGGACUAUGCGCCACUACUAGGAAGGCCUCCCUCCGCUUUUCUGACUGAUACAGCUCCCAUAUUCAUGACUGAGCUUCAAAACCAAGAGGUGCAAGAGGGAUAUCCAGUCAGUUUUGACUGUGUCGUCAUUGGCAAACCCCUCCCCACGGUUCGCUGGUUCAAGGAUGGGAAAGCUAUUGAAGAAAACGACCAUUACAUGAUCAGCGAAGACGAGGAAGGGCGCCAUCAGUUGGUCAUCACAGCCGUGGUCCCUGUUGACAUGGGUGUUUACCGUUGCCUUGCUGAAAACAGCAUGGGUGUUGCUUCAACCAAAGCUGAGCUUCGAGUAGACCUGACCAGCACUGACUAUGAGACAGCAGCAGAUGCAACAGAGACAUCCUCCUACUACAGUGCCAAAGAAUAUGUUUCAAGUCGUGAGCAGGAGGAGUCUACCACUGAAGAGGAGCAAUUGCCUCAGAUCCUCGAUGAACUUCAUGAUAUUCAUGUGGCACCUGGAGCACCCUUGGCUAAAUUUCACCUGAAAGUGAAAGGGUACCCAGAGCCUCGCCUCUAUUGGUUCAAAGAUGGACAGCCAUUAAAUGCCUCCGACCGUAUUCUGAAGAUCGAUAAAAGAGAAUUCCACUCCCUGGAAAUUCUCAAUGUCACCAAGGCUGAUGCUGGCCAAUACUCAACAUUUGUCAUUAACUCGGCUGGUUCUGCAUAUUCGUCAGCCAGGCUGGUAGUCAAAGGGCCUGAUGAGAAAGAACCACCAGAAACAGAUGCCCAUGAGCAACUGAUACCACCAAGGUUCCUGGAAAGAUUUACCAAUAAAAAGGUUAAGAAAGGUGCAAGCAUCACAUUAUCUGUAAAAGUUGAAGGAUUUCCACCACCAACUAUCACUUGGCUGAAAGAGGAGUCUCAGGAAAACAUCCUUUGGAUCAAACCCGACACUCCUGGGUAUAAACUCGCAAGUUCAAAUAUGCAUCAUAGUCUAAUCCUGUUGGAUGUUAAAAAGAACUACAGUGGACCUUAUACAUGCAUUGCCACCAACAAGGCUGGGCAGUCCAUCUGCACUGCCACCCUAGACGUUGUAGAUGUGAAAGAGGCUGAAGUUCUGACACAGGAGCGUGUGAUGGUAUCAGAAGCUAUAAUGACCACGCUGGGAGCCGUUCAUGGCUCCGAAUCAACAGUAGGGCACUUUGAAGGUGUAGCUGGGAAAGAAGGUGUAUCCAAAAGCGCUGUUUCCUUAGCUGAUGUUGGAACAGAAGAAUUCUUCCAGAAACUGACCUCCCAUAUCUCUGAAAUGGUAUCUGCAAAAAUAAAUCAAGCCACACUUCGAGUACGAGGUGGAGAUAGUGACGAUGAAUCAAAAACUCCCUCUGCAUCUCCUCGCCCUGGUCGAUCCAGGCCUUCAUCCAUUGUCCAGGAGUCCUCCUCGGAAUCUGAUGAUGGGGAUUCCCGAGGAGAGAUCUUUGACGUCUACAUGGUCACUGCUGACUUUGUGCCUGCCAUGCCUGACAAGGAGGCCAUCACUUUGAAGGAAGGGCAGUAUGUGGAAGUCCUCGAUUCAGCUCAUCCUCUGAAGUGGCUAGUCAGGACUAAACCCACAAAAUCUAGCUCCUCCCGACAGGGUUGGGUAUCUCCAGCUUAUCUGGACAAGAAAUUAAAGUUGUCACCAGAGUGGGGAUCAACAGAAGCUCCUGAAUUCCGUGGAGAAUGUGUUUCUGAAGAUGAAUAUAAAAGGAAGCUGACUGUCAUUAUUCAGGAGUUGCUGAUCUCGGAAGAGGAUUACAUUCAAGAUUUACAGUUCUUCCAGACUCAUCACCUCAAGUACACUGAGACCUGCCCUAGCGUCCCAGGAGCUGUUUCCAGUCAGAAAUCCACCAUCUUCAGAAACAUCGAUGACAUUGCUCAUUUCCAUUCCAGUGUCUUCCUCCGAGACUUGCGGAAGUGUGACACAGAUGAUGAUGUGGCCAUGUGCUUUAUUAAGCAUGAGGCAGAGUUUGAUAAGUACAUCCAGUACCUGGUGGGACGGGUUCAGGCAGAGUCAGUCGUUGUCAGCAAAGCUGUCCAAGAUUUCUACAAGAGAUACACAGAUGAAAUUUUAGCUCCUGAAAAUCCUUUGCAGUCACUUAUUCCACCAGUGCAACACUACCUGGAAAAACCCAUAAACAGGAUCCAACAGUAUCAGACUAUUAUCAAGGAAUUAAUCCGAAACAAAGCAAGGAAUAGCCAAAACUGUGCUUUGAUGGAGCAGGCUUAUGCCGUUGUAUCUGCACUCACCCAAAGAGCAGAAAACAACCUCCAUGUGUCGCUCAUUGAAAAUUAUCCAGGGACCUUGGAAAGCCUUGGUGAACCCAUCCGACAGAGCCACUUCGUUGUGUGGGAAGGAGCUCCAGGAGCCAGAAUGGCAUGGAAAGGACACAAAAGACAUGUCUUCCUCUUCAAGAAUUACCUAGUGAUCUGCAAACCAAAGCGGGACACAAAAACAGACACGUACAGUUACAUCUUCAAGAAUAUAAUGAAGCUAAACAACAUAGACCUGAAUGACUCUGUGGAAGGAGACGAACGGGCGUUUGAAAUCUGGCAUGAGCGAGAAGACUCAGUCCGCAAGUACCUCCUUCAGGCACGUACAGUGACCAUCAAGUAUUCCUGGGUGAAGGAAAUCUCUGGCAUCCAGCAGCGGAUCAGCCAGCCUAUCUGGAAACCUCCAAACUUUGAAGAAAUGCUGGCAGACUGCACAGCUGAGCUGGGAGAGACGGUCAAACUGGCUUGCAAAGUCUCAGGCGUCCCCAAGCCAUCCAUCUGCUGGUAUAAAGAUGGGAAGCCAGUAGAGGUGGAUCCACACCACAUUAUAAUAGAAGAUCCUGAUGGUUCCUGCACACUGAUCUUGGACAACCUAGCAGGCAGUGACUCGGGACAGUACAUGUGCUUUGCUUCCAGCCCUUCUGGAAGUAUCAGUACCUUAGGAAAGAUUCUUGUUCAAGUGCCACCACGAUUUGUGAACAAGGUCAGAAAUGCUUAUUACAUUGAUGGGGAAGAUGCUCAAUUCACCUGUACUAUUGAAGGAGAACCUAGGCCACAAAUCAGCUGGUACAAAGAUGGUGCACCACUGACAGACACUACCAAAUACCAAAUUUUCAAUGAACCACGGAGUGGGAUAUUAGUUCUGGUGAUUAAGAAUCCGUCCAGGGAAGAUAUGGGAUACUAUGAAUGUGAACUGGUGAACACAUUAGGGUCGGCAAAAAGUGGAGCAGACCUUUACCACCAGAGCGCAGCAGCCCUGGCUCAGGAAAGGAGAGCAGACCAAGCCAUUGGCAUAGAAGUCACUGAGCAAGAGACUAAAGUGCCCAAGAAAACCAUCAUCAUAGAGGAAACUAUAACCACUGUGGUGAAGAGCCCAAGACAAAAGGGAAGGGUUUCUCCUGCACGUCCUUCUUCAGGUUAUUCGCCUUCCCGCUCCCCAAGAGCAGAGCCAAUUCCAGAACCAGUUUAUGUUUCAAAGCUCAGGCAGCCAGUCCACAGACACGAGCAGGAGGCCACGCUGAAGUCUGCUGUUCCCAUGCUUUUUGUAACUGAACCAGAGGACAGGCAAGGAGCAGCAGCUAGAGAUAUCGUCGUUGAGACCACGGUGGAAGAGCCAAAGCCCAAAUGGGUUGAAGUUGAAGAAAUAAUUGAAUUCAAGGUGAAAAAAUCCCCAAAGCCAACGAGGAAAAGAGGGUCUUCCCCAGCAAAACAGGAGAAAGAUGACUCAGGGGUGUUAACGUUCACUUUUCCGAGCUCUAGGCCUAGGCGUUCCCCAGAAGAUGAUCCAAACACCAACAACUCCAACAAUAAGUUAGUGGAACAGUCAAAAUCUUCCUUACCCCAAGACAGUCUCUCCGAUGUUGACAUCCAGCCCCUGGCGUACGCAACGGCUCAGGAGGGACCUCCAGUCAGCAGUGAAGACAGAAGUUCUCCCUGUGGAUCUGAACAGCUAGGAAGCAAUUCAUUUUUUGAUUACGGAACGGAAGGAAAGGGCUAUGCACAGGAAACAAGUGCGAGCUAUGUCUCAGAAGUUACUUCCCCGUUGCUUGCAUGUGGGGGUGAGCCCUUGGUCUUCAGUUUUGAGACAGGUGCUGUGGACAAGCCCGAACUUCUGUUCUCACCAGUAGGCCCGGAGGUUAAAGAAGAGGCAGACGAAUUAGACAUAUCUUGGCCUGCUGGAGAAGAGAUGCCAGAAGUAGUGCAAGAUAUUCUUCCAGAAGAGGAUAAUGUUGUUAUAGUCGAUGAACCAGAGGAACUGCAGACAGAUGACAUUAGCACCCGGGACCGCAAAAUCCUAACCCACAAUGGAAAAGUACUAACUCUGGAGGAUCUUGAAGAUUAUGUUCCUGAAGAAGGUGAGACCUACGGAUGUGAUGAUCAGAGCCAUACGGCUGACAAACCCUGCGAGAUCUCAGUGCUCCAGACAGAGAUUAAUGAGCCAACGAUUGGAAAGCCAGUUCUGCGGAACCUGGGGAGACAUGUUGUUUCCAAGCCAAGGCAGAGAUUUUUCAGCAAGUUUGAAGAGCACGUUCCAGGAGGCGUGUUUGUAUCAGCCUCUAGAGUAACCGGCGUGCAGUCUGUAGGACCUUCAAACAUCUCUUUCCACGUCAGCGAUACCUGCAUGGCGGCAGCGCCUGGAGUGCAUGCAGCAACAGCAUCUGCUGCUCCCUCCUUCACAGUGAAGCCAUCCUUCUGCACCGAAGUCCAGCUCUCAGCAGACAACGGGCAAUCGAGUUUUAAAACUGAAGUUUCCACAAGAACCCUCAGCUAUGGGACAAUUGGAGAGACUUCCCUACAGUCAGAGACGGAAACUUCUGUCCAGGCCUCGCUUGAACGCGCCGAUAAGGAGAUCAAGACAGCUCUGAGGAAACUUGUGGAUUCAGCAUCGCUGCUUGUGACUCUCCCGGCAGGAGCAAGAGGUGGAGCUGGUGGUCUUGGUCUUCUCGAGUCCGUGCCUUCUGCCUGCCAAGAAACGGGAACUGGUCCUCCUCUGAUAGUACAUGAAGCCAGUACCCAAACCCAAAUUACUGCAGGGCAUGACAAAGCACAAAGCCAAAUUCCAGCUGAAGGACCAAGUGCAACAAAACCUGGGCCUGGUCCUUGCCCCAGAGAUACGGCUGCUGGAGCAGAAAGGACUCAGGAACGCACAGUUCCCAUUGGCAGAACAUCACCAGCCACAGGGGCAGGAGACUGGUAUAGAAGAGAAGGAGAUGUGGUCUGGGAUGUGCACAGCGAAGUUUAUAUUGAGACCACGGAAAGAACGUGUGUGUAUAAGACAGAGGAGAAGACUCCAACAAGUGCUCCCUACAUGCAAGUGACAAUAGAAGAUGUGCAAGUGAAUUCAGGGGAGUGUGCCAAAUUUCAGGCAGUGAUUGAAGGAAACCCUCAGCCUACUGUUUUGUGGUUUCAGGGCACUUCCUUGUUGACAGACAGCCACAGGAUCCACCAAGUGAAGGAAGGAACAACAUAUUGCUUAGUCCUGGACAAUGUUGUCCCAGAAGAUGGUGGUGUUUAUACCUGUGUUGCCAAAAAUGCCGGAGGGGAGGUUUUAUGCAAAGCAGAGCUUAUCGUACAUGAAGUUAAGAAAGACCAAGCAGCAAAGAAGGUGGCCACCCGAAGAAAACUCCACUCUCUCUAUGAAGUUAAGCAGGAGAUUGGAAGGGGCUGCUUCAGCUUCGUGAAACGAGUUGUGCAUAAAGGGAACAGAGUGUCCUGUGCUGCCAAGUUCAUACCUCUGCGAAGCAAAACGAAGGCUCGAGCGCAUCAGGAGAGGGAUAUUCUGGUCAAAUUGUAUAUCAGACAAAUUUUGGAAGGAAUCAAGUAUCUUCAUGACAACAACAUCCUUCAUUUGGACAUUAAGCCUCUGAAUAUCCUCAUGGUUUAUCCUGAAAGGGAAGACCUCAAGAUCUGUGACUUUGGAUUUGCUCAGAAGAUCACUCCAUAUCAGCCUCAGUACAGCAAAUAUGGGUCUCCAGAGUUUGUUGCCCCAGAAAUUGUCUCCCAGUCACCAGUGUCAAAAGCAACUGAUAUCUGGGCUGUUGGAGUCAUCACAUACCUAAGCCUAACAUGCAAGUCUCCGUUUGCUGGGGAGAAUGACAGAGGAACCCUUCUAAAUAUCCAGAAUGGUGAAAUUUCCUGGACCCUUCCUGAUUUCGUUCACUUGAGUGAAGAUGCAAAGGAUUUUGUAAGACGGAUCCUCCAGCAGCGCCCCGAAGCCAGGCCUAGCGCUUUGGACUGUCUAUCCCACAAGUGGUUCAUGCAUAAUCUCCCCCUUGAAGCAGCUCAUUUCAUUAAUACCAAGCAGCUCAAAUUCAUUGUGGCUCGGAGCAAGUGGCAGCGGUCUCUCAUGUGCUAUAAAUCCAUACUGGUAAUGCGAUCCAUUCCAGAAAUCCUAGAAAGGACUCAUGACAACACCUCCUUGGCCAUCUCCCGACAUCUUAUUGAAGAAAGCACUUCCUCCAGUACAAGUGGUUCCUCUUCGGACAACGAGAAUUCAAACUUCCCCAAGAAGAGACACUUUGGCUCUACUCCUGAACUGCAUUUUUCCAUCUUUGAUGCACCAGACAAUCAGGAAUCUCCAAAAUAUGCAAGUGAAGAGCAGCACUCCAAAGUCUUGAUCCCUCCAGUAAAGCCCAUGAGGAGGAAGUAUGCUUCCAUGAAAAGUGAGGUUGGGGACAGAUCACCUACAGAAAGCAAAGAGCUCAUAGCAAGUACCUUAGGACGGAAAGAGGAGGGACUGCAUCGCAAACUUGGAGAUGAAGGAGCAGAGCAGUCCUCCAAAACUGAUGCAACUGAACAUUCCUCAAGGAAGAUUUCCAUAGAUGACACGUCAGGUCUACAUCAGAAAGAGAAAACAGACACGUUUUUAUCUAAUCAGGACAAAAUUGAAAAGACUGGGGAUGGAACAGAAAAGCCACCUAUAUGUGUUCCAAGACAGAGUGUCAUUAAAAGCACUUUCUACAGCCAAGCAGCAGAGCUUCCUGCGAGGGGCUCUUCCUCUCCAGGCAGAGAGCUCAGAAGGCACUUGGACAGAGCCAGAAGGACUUUCCGGAAAGCUGGUUAUCCAAAGGUGCCCCUCAGUGGUCUCCGUGAACCCCUUCUAGAACAGUUUGAGCUGGAAGAAGAGGAAGAGGAAGGUGGAGGGCACAGGGAAAGUCUGCUCGGUGCCUUGACCAAAUCAGCCUCGUUUGAUACUGCAAGGAAACCGCCACAUCCUGCUAUCGCCGGCUCUAGCCGAAGCCGUUCCCUGGAUGAUUACAGGCUGAGGGCCUCCAGAUCAGUGAGGGAACAAGAUAUUUUGGAAGAAGACUACGAUAUAAUAUCGCAGGAAACUUGUCCCGAAGGCAGUCACCACUGUGACAUUUCUGCUGAGCCAGACAAGGGUUGUUCUGUAGACAUCUCAAAGCAAGAGGAUGCUAGCAGAACUGGAAAGGCUUGUUCAGAAGAACAGCUCUCUUCUUCCAUGGAAUGUGAUGGUCAUGGAUGCCCAGCCGUUACUGUGCAAAGGUUAGAGAAGCUUCCAGUAUCCCCUCAUAGAAGUGAGAAUAGGAAGCAUUUACUUAAGAAGUUAAAAGCUACUCACGUGCAGGAGGAGGAGGAUGAUUUGGAAGGCAAAAGCCCCAUUCUGACUGCUCAGCAAUCAGAUAUAACUGCACCAACAGGUCAAAAGCUUGAAGGCAUUCAGGCUGGAUCUCUCCCUGGCAGAGAGAUUUCUGAGACGGCUCUUCAGGAGGGCAAGCAAUUAAUUUCAGCUCUUCCACAGCCAGAGACCAACUCCAAGUCAGCCCCUACAAGCAAGAGAGGAGUGUGUGCACAUCAGGAGUCAAAGCUCUCUGCUGAUAGCAGUGACCUCCAUCCUGACCUAAAAGGUGAAAGCUACGUUAUUAAAAGAACUGCUUCAAUUCCACCCUCCAAAGACAAAAGCCAGGAGCAUGCACUCCAGAAGGCUUGUGCUCACAGUGAUGCUAAGCCUGAUCUUCUGGAGCACAAAAGACCUGCUGUUUUAACAAGCCCUCAAACAGAAACGGAUUCACCUCCAGUGCAUCAAGACAAAAGUCAGGAACUUUUUGAUCAAGGCAUUCCAGCAGCUACUAUCUUGGAGGGCAAAGAGCCAGGUUUCCAAGCAGCUCUGCAAACAGCUGACAAACACACUCACCAGAAGCUGAAGACCUAUAGAGAAGUGCAGCCUUCUGUCUUGGAGGAUGAAGAACCACGUGUUGUAGAGGUUGCUCCAUUAUCAGCCCAUGCCAGUGAAAGCCAAGUAGCUCACAAAGCAGAACAGGAACAGCCAGCUUAUGGCAAGGAGAAGCUUGCUGCUCUGAAGGAUGAAAGUUCAGCCCUCGUAGAAACUGUUCCCAUUUUGGUCCAUGAGGCUGAAAUCAAGGGAGUUGAACCCCAGGAAGCUUCUCAGUGCAGUGUCAUGGGGCCUGCUGUUCUGGAGGGCAGGUGCUUGGCUGGAACUCUUUCAUCACAAGAUAUUAACCUCCAUUCAGCCUGUGAGAGUGAAAAACAAGAAUAUUCACAGCUAUCCCUUUCUAGGGAGGUAAUGUCUGUUGUCUCAGCAAGUGGAAGCCCAACUGCUGGACAGCCUGUCCUUGGUCCUUUCUCCGAGACUGAAGGACAGACAUAUGAGCAGCACAAGGCUGCAUAUCACAGUGGUAAAGUUUCUGCAGCUCUGGAGGCCAUGCACCCAUGUAUUUUAACUGCUUCACAAUGCAAAAGUGCCCCAGCUUCAGUCUAUGAGAGAAGACACGAGGAACACCCUCAGGUUUAUGAUGAGAGAAGCAGUGCUGCCUCAGUGACUGGAAGCUGUGAUGCUAGAAAACCUGUCCCACCAUUGCUCCAGGAGAGUCAAAGGCAGGAGAUCUCACAUCAGAGGUCGUCUUUUUACAGUGAUGAGGAGUCUGCUGCACUGGAGGACUUGGUGGAUGAAAUGGUUUUGUUGUCUGAAGAGAUGAAUGUUUGGGCAGAGUCAGUUGGGCAGACUCAGGAGGAAUGCAGAAAGCACGUCUCUUCACCCACAGAGAUGUUCUACAAAGAGCCUGGUGGCCAAGCACCUACAAUAAGUUUAUUUCCUUCUGGUGAAAGCAGUAGAGGAGGAGAAGUGUCUGAGAUGGAUGAUAUCCCAGAACCCUACCUUGCUGUGCACGAGGAGUCAUCUGUGCUGAAAGUAGAUGAAACACAAAUAAUUCCUCAUGAGUGUGAGCAUCUGGAGGACGUAGCAUUUGAAAGCACCAGUUCUAGUCAAGUAAGCAUUUCCCAGAGGAAUAGUUUGGAUUCUGGGGAAGAAAACAGUCAAGUGCCAGUGAGCAAGGACGCUGUUAAACACCCAGAAGUGUCUUUGCUGAAAAUCAAAGAUCUGUCAGAUGAAGCACCCAGUCUUGGUAGUGGAACGCCAAAAUUUGACAUAUCAGAGGUAGAGCCGGCCUAUUUGAAUUUCUCAGAUUUGUAUGACAUUGUCUAUUUUCCUUUUGAAUUUAUGAACUUUAGGAAGCCUCCACCCAAGCCAACUGGUAGACGAUUUAUACCUUUUAGUGAAAGGGCAAGGUCACCUCCUGCAGGACAUUUGCAUAAAGAAAAAAGAUUGUGCAUCAGAGAAGAGGCAGAAGAGAGGAACAAGAAAAACCUUUUGGAAAUAUCUGAGAGUUCAAAGGCAACCACCCUCUCAGCCAUGGGGAAAGGGUCAGAGAGUCAUAAGGAAAUGUACGGCUCCCAAAAGGACCCAAGUGGUAAGCAGAAAAGCUCCUACAGCAAGCCAGGACUCUUUAAACCCUACGGAAGAUCUCACUCCAUGGAGCAAUCAGUGGAGCAGAGUCUGAAGAAGAAAGUGAAAGCUUCUGUUGCCCAUCUUUCAAGAAUCCUGAAAGGAAAAACAUCACCUGAGCGAGAGGCAGAGGAAGGAUCUUUGAAGAGGAAAUCGGGGCUCUCGUCAUUCAAGUUACCAAGCCUCAUACCAAAGGAGAAAGCUCCUUCGUUUGUUGAAGAGCUCAUAGACCAGGCCGCUGCCGUCGGGCAGUGUGUGACUCUGUCGUGCCGCACAGCAGCUCACUCCUCCCCGCACAUCGACUGGUUCAGAGAUGGGAUAGCUGUCCACAGCAGCAGUCGAAUUCUCAUCUCAACCACACUCAAGAACUUCCAGCUGUUAACUAUUCUCUCUGUUAAUGCCGAUGAUUUUGGUGUUUACACCUGUGUGGCCACUAGCUCUGUGGGCUCAGCAUCUACCUCUUGCAUCGUAAGAAAAGCUGAAGUUCCUCCAAGCCCUCCAGCCCCUGACAUCGUGGAUGUUUACAAGGAUGGAGUGCAGGUGGCCUGGAAACCCGUGGAAACCAACACCCCAGUCCUCUACACUGUGCAGUGCAAGAGUGAAGAGGGAGAGUGGAAGACCCUUGCUACAGACAUUGCUGACUGCUGCUACUGCGCAAAUAAUCUCUCCAGAGGGUUCACUUACUGCUUCAGAGUUGCCUGCAUCAGUAAAGCAAAAAAAAGGCCCUUACAGCAACCCAUCUGGCAAAUAUUGUUGCAGAGCUUUUCAUCAACUGCUACUGAAGAAGAGAGUGAAAUAAUAGCACCAUCUGAACCUUUCCCAACCUACCAAACCUAUGCCUUCCAAACAGAGAUCAAAAGGGGGCGUUUCAGCAUCGUCCGACAGUGCAGGGAAAAAGUAAGCGGCAAGACUUUAGCUGCUAAAAUCAUCCCCUACUGGCAAGAGGACAAACAGGCUGUGAUCUUGGAGUACCAAGUCCUGAGAAAGCUUCAUCACACAAACAUAGCUCAGCUGAAGGGAGCCUAUGUCAGCCCACGGCACUUGGUGUUGAUCCAGGAGAUGUGUGUGGGACCAGAACUACUCCAUUCUUUGGCGUCACGGCCAUCCUACUCAGAAGUGGAGGUCCGAGAUUACCUGUGGCAGAUCCUCAGUGCAGUUGAGUACCUCCAUGCACGCAGCAUCCUGCACUUGGAUCUCAGGUCCGAAAACAUGAUCAUCACUGAGCCCAACCUGCUGAAACUCCUGGACUUUGGCAAUGCACAGUUCUACACACAAGACAAAGUCAUUACCAUGGAAAAGUGCAUGGACUAUGUUGAAACCAUGGAACUGCUGACAGAGCAAGGAGCCCUCCCUCAGACCGAUGUCUGGUCCAUCGGGAUCACAGCGUUCAUCAUGUUGAGUGCCAACUACCCUGUCAGCUCUGAUGCACCCUGUGAAUUUCUGAGAAUGACCAGGAAGGGGAAAGUGAAGCUCACGCGAUGCUACGCUGGCCUCUCUGGAGGGGCAGUGUCAUUUCUCCAGAGCACGCUCUGUGCAAAUCCCUGGGGAAGACCAUCAGCCUCAGAGUGCCUGCAGAGCCCGUGGCUCCAAGAGACGGGUUUGGACAGCCGACAGCAAGCACUGGUUACCUUUCCCACCACCAAACUGAGGAAUUUCCUCAUGGAACGGGAAAAGAAAAGGGGUCUGCUCUGCUCCAAGUACGGCCUGAUGAUCGCGCAGUGA